AUGCAGUUCACCACAGUCCUCGCCCUCCUCAGCGCCGUCGCUGCUCCAGCUCUCGCAGCACCAGCUGCCGACCCAGCAACGACCAGCAUGAUGGCCGCUGGCCCACCAUGGACCAUCCAGAAUUUCAAACGCACCUGUGGCGGCGGUGUCUGCACCUACGACUACGCCAUCAACCAGAACAACAAAGCUACCAAGUGCACCUACCAAGUCAAGGGCAACCCAGCCACCCGCGCAUCCUACAGCAACGUCAAGUGCGGUCCAUACGUCAUCUCCUCCAACUGGUCAGGCCAGUUCGGCGAGGGCAAUGGAUUCCAGACGCUUGCUGUCGUCAAUGGAAAGCAGAUCAUCUACCCUGCUUACACCGACAAGCAGCUGGUCAACGGACAGGUCGUCAAGCCAGACCAGAGCUACGCCCCACAGAACCUCCCAUAG